ACUUUGGUCUGUGUACUGUAAGGAGAGUUCAGUAGGUGGCGCUGUGGAUCAGCUGAAGAGCUGCAGCUGAAAGGAAAGGAGCGAGUUGUUUUUCCGGUGGUUUAGACGCGCCGAGUCAAUUUCAGCUGGUGGUGACUUGGAGCUGAUGGGGGACGAAAAAGAGACCUGGAAAGUUAAAACGCUUGAUGAGAUUUUGCUGGAGAAAAAACGCAGACGAGAGCUUGAGGAAAAAACUGACCCAAAGCACCUGAAAAACACGGAUGAUCGCGAAUCCAAACGGGACACUCCGGAGGAAGGAGAACUACGGGACCACAGAAUGGAAAUAACAAUACGUAACUCUCCAUACAUGCGGGAGGACUCGACAGAAGACCGAGGAGAGGAAGAUGAAUCCCUGGCUAUAAAGCCCCCACAGCAGAUGGCGAGAAAAGACAAGUCAUAUCACAGGAAGGAAGAGAAGCGGAAGGAUAAGAGGAGGCACCGAAGCCACUCUACUGAAGAAGCUGGAAAACACAUACGCACCAAAGACAAAGAGAAGGAGAGAGAGAAUGAGAGGCGGAAGAGGCAGUGGCAGGAGGACAACAAGGCUCGCAGAGACUAUGAAAGACAGAAGCGCCGCGACCAGGCCAGGGCUCACUCCCGCAGAGAGAGGCAAAUUACUCAGCCAGAUAUUGAAAAAAGAUCUGCUGACCGGCUUCCCCCGUUUCCCUCGGCCUGCAGGGACCGGCUGGAGCAGCUGGAGCGCCAGCGGGAGAGGGAGAGGAAGCUGCGGGAGCAGCAGCAGAAAGAACAGAGGGAGCAGCGUGAACAGAAGGAGAGGGAAAGGAGGGCUGAGGAGCGUCGCAAAGAACGGGAUACCCGGCGAGAAGGUCCCCCACCUCAUCACCGACCUGCUGCAGUAGAAGAGUAUGGAGAUAAAACUAAGCCUAGGCACCGCAGUCGAAGCCGGAGCCCUAUGCGCCAGCAAAGAGAACAAAGACCAGAGAGUAGUGAACAGCGCCGGACGGUUAAAGAAGAGAAACCGGAGGGUAGAGACUUACUCUCUGAUCUUCAGGAUAUCAGUGACAGUGAGAGAAAGACCAGUACAGCAGAGUCCUCGAUAGGUUCAGGGUCUGGCUCAGAGGAGGAUGAUGACGAUGAAGAAGAAGAGUCGAGUAGCCAGAGUGAAGGAGACGAAGAGGGAGAGUCAGGUUCAGACUCUGGAUCUGAUCAAAGUGCAGAUGACGUUAGUGAUGAAGAGCAGUCAGAGGAGGAGGAAGGGAGAGAGAAUGGCAAUCACAUACCUCCUGUUCCAGAGUCCCGCUUUGAUCAUGACUCAGAAGAGAGUGUUGAGGAAGAAGAGAUAGAAGAAGGAGAAGAAAUGGGGGAUGUAACUCCUCAAUCUCAUUCUCAGUCUGCCACACCUGAGGACAAUUACAUUCCAGACUCUCCUCCUGUCUCACCUGUGGAGCUAAAGAAAGAACUACCUAAAUAUCUGCCGGCCUUACAGGGCUGUCGUAGCGUGGAGGAAUUCCAAUGCCUAAACCGUAUAGAAGAAGGCACUUACGGAGUGGUCUACAGAGCCAAAGAUAAAAAGACGGAUGAAAUUGUGGCCCUCAAGAGGUUAAAGAUGGAGAAAGAGAAGGAGGGAUUUCCCAUCACUUCACUUCGAGAGAUCAAUACCAUCCUAAAGGCCCAGCACACCAACAUAGUCACUGUCAGAGAGAUUGUGGUGGGCAGUAACAUGGACAAGAUCUACAUAGUGAUGAACUACGUUGAGCACGACCUAAAAAGCUUGAUGGAAACCAUGAAACAGCCCUUCCUCCCAGGUGAAGUAAAGACGCUAAUGAUCCAGCUGUUGAGAGGUGUUCGCCAUCUUCAUGACAACUGGAUCCUACAUCGUGACCUCAAGACCUCUAAUCUGCUGCUGAGCCACAAAGGAAUUUUAAAGAUUGGAGAUUUUGGGCUGGCACGAGAGUACGGUUCUCCUCUGAAACCCUAUACGCCAGUGGUGGUCACUUUGUGGUACCGCAGCCCGGACCUGCUUUUGGGGGCGAAGGAGUACUCCACAGCUGUGGACAUGUGGUCAGUGGGCUGCAUAUUUGGCGAACUCCUUACCCAGAAACCACUCUUCCCAGGGAAGUCGGAGAUUGACCAAAUCAACAAAAUAUUUAAGGAUCUUGGCUCUCCCAGUGAAAAAAUUUGGCCAGGCUACAAUGAGCUGCCUGCUGUGAAGAAGAUGACUUUUACAGAGUACCCCUAUAACAACCUGCGCAAGCGCUUUGGAGCACUGCUGUCUGACCAGGGCUUUGACCUUAUGAACAAAUUCCUAACUUAUUGCCCUGCUAAGCGGAUCAGCGCAGAUGAGGCCUUGAAGCAUGAGUAUUUCCGGGAAACACCGCUCCCCAUUGAGCCAUCCAUGUUCCCCACUUGGCCGGCAAAGAGUGAGCAGCAGCGGGUGAAGAGAGGAACCAGCCCCCAACCCCCUGAGGGAGGUCUGGGCUACAGCCAGCUGGGUGACGAUGACCUGAAGGACACUGGUUUCCACCUGACUACAGCUAACCAAGGACUGUCCAAGUCUGGCCCAGGAUUCAGUCUGAAGUUUUGAGCUCCUGCCUCAUCUCUUCUCAUCAGAGCAAAGGGAGACGCUGCUUGCUGUCUUUGUGGCACUAAUGCCAGGACUCGAUUCAAGAGAGACUUACUAAAAGCAGAUACUGACCCUUCCUCUGAGCCUUGCUGAGAUACAGAUGAACUCUUGCAGACUGUUCUCCAAGGUGAUGAGAGAACUUGAGACAUUCUUCGUUUCAUGCUCAUUCUUCUAGAUUUUAGAGGCAAUUUAACUGCUCUUCUGUUCUACAAGUCUGUACAAAAUCAGGAUUCUGACUUCAUCCAGGUGUCAUUGCAUUUUAUUCUUUUCCUCCUUUGUCCUUGUAAUUUUCAAGGAACCACCUGAUGUUUUUUCAGUCUUUAUUUUUGUGUUGGUUUGAAUUUCAAACCUGGUUUUAAUCUGCUGAAGAGGGAGCAUUUACCUCUUACUUCCUCUCAUCUACUCAGCUACUGUCUCCAACAUAAAUUGGAUCUGUAACUGUAGUUUUUUAGGAAGUAGAAAGCCAGGAUUCACCUGAAUCUGUGACUGGUACAGGUGAUGUUUUGUUGCAAGAAAUAAACUAUUUGCUAGUA